AUGAAAACAUUUGUUCGCCGGCAACAACAGUUUACGGUCAGCAACGGCUUGACGGAGCAGCGGAGCACCACAUGCCGGUGUGGUCGGUUGCUUUUAAUGGCAGCUGACAGCUUCUCCAGUCACAGGAAUGAGGACACGGUCCGUUACAUACCGGGACUUGGCCUGAGGAGACGUGUGAUCAUCGUGCCCAGCGCCGGCGUCGGCAUCGUCCUGGGCGGCUACAUCAUUAAGAAGCUGAAGCUCGGAGCUCGCGAGUCGGCCAAACUCGCCAUGAUCUGCAGCGGAGUCUCCCUGCUCUGCUUCUCCACGCUGUUCAUCGUGGGCUGCGAGAGCAUCAACCUCGGAGGAAUCAACAUCCCUUAUACCACCGGGCCGACUCUCACCAUGACCCAGAGGAACCUGACCGGAGGCUGUAAUGUGAACUGCGGAUGUAAAAUCCACGAGUACGCUCCGGUCUGCGGCUCUGACGGCAUCACGUACUUUAACCCCUGCCUGGCCGGCUGCAACAGCGUGUCCAACGACAGCACCGGGAUCAGAAACUACUCAGACUGCGCCUGCGUCCAGAGCCGUCAGGUCAUCACGCCGUCAUCCAGCGGUCAGGGAAGCAACCAGCUGCAGCUCGUCAUCGUCAAGACUUACCUGAACGAGAACGGCUACGCGGUGUCCGGGAAGUGUGACCGCACCUGCAGCACCCUCAUCCCCUUCCUCAUCUUCCUCUUCAUCGUCACGCUCAUCACUGCCUGCGCUCAGCCCUCCGCCAUCAUCGUCACCCUCAGGUCUGUGGCGGAGCAGGAGCGGCCGUUCGCUCUGGGAAUGCAGUUCGUUCUCCUCAGGACUCUCGCUUACAUCCCAACACCCAUUUACUUCGGCGCCGUCAUCGACACCACCUGCAUGUUGUGGCAGCAGGACUGCGGCGUCCACGGCUCCUGCUGGGAGUACGACGUCACCUCCCUGCGCUUCGUCUACUUCGGUCUCGCCGCCAGCCUCAAGUUCCUCGGCUUCCUCUUCAUCUUCCUCACCUGGUACUCCAUCAAGUACAAGGAGGAGCGUGUGGAGCGUUGGCUCAAGCGCCACCUGUCACCCGUCGACACCGUCGGCAGCCUCGUCUGCCACCCGGGGGGCCACAAGGGUCACGCCCGCACCCGCUCCUGCCCCGUCAACAUCCCUCGAAGUGACCCCAACGCUCUGCCGGUCAAUGCUACCCUGCGUUCAGGCGCCCUCAACCGUGGCGUCAGCACCCAGAGUUGCCCCGGCAACGAGCUGAAAGCAAUAACACCUACUCCCCCUGCAGUCUCACCGUCGCCUUCAGCGGCGCCUGCUGCCCCCACGCCGGCACGUUCGCUGGAACAUGUUUCAGUCCGUGUCUGAGUUACAGAAGCGGGGGGGGGGGCGGGCGAUGGGCCGACUUCCUCUUCUGUUCUGAAAUCCGGUCGGCUGUGGACCCGACUUAGAUUUUAGCUGCUGUCAAAGGCGCCGAUCGUCACAUGGAGGUUCUGCUCUCAUGUAUUUUUUUGCCGAUAAAACACUCAAAGUGGCUUUUUUUAAGUUUUGUCCGCACCAAUGACU